AACGGCGGCGGCACUGAACAGCCACCGGAAUCCGACGCCCUGCAGCACUCCCUCCGACGUGAACAGUAGCCUUCUGGUGAAGUUCGACGCUGAGCCACACGAAGCCCAAUCUAUUUACCCACACUUGUUCGAGCAUAGAUAGGUGUUACCCACCCCUCCUAAUGUCGGACCAGCGAGUUUGAGCCUUUUCGAACUCAGUUUUGCAGCGUCGGGCUCCUUCGACAUCGAUCCACUCUUAACCCAAGUGGUUUCAACUUGAGUUAGUAUCGGUUAGAUAGAGUUUGGUAGAGCGGCAAGACCUUUUUAAAUUGAUGGGUGUGAUCACUAUUUCAAACCAUUGCUCCAAUUGCCUGGUUAAAUUGAAGACGAGCCUUCCAGUAUCUGAGGCAUCGCGUCGACCCAAUUGCCCAGUUUCAGGGAGAAGAAAGUGGGCUGUUGCUAUGACAUCUCAAGUUCCAGUGGAACAUGUCAGUGAGAGUCAAUUAAGAUUGACUGGUGACUCGUUUAUCCGACCCCACUUGAGAAAAUUGUCUCCUUAUCAGCCCAUUCUCCCUUUUGAGGUUUUGUCAUCGCGGCUUGGAAGGAAACCUGAGGAUAUUAUAAAAUUAGAUGCGAAUGAAAAUCCUUACGGUCCUCCCCCUGAGGUUCUUGAAGCGUUAGGAGCAAUGAAAUUCCCAUAUGUAUAUCCUGACCCCGAAAGCCGUCAAUUGCGUGCUGCACUUGCCAUAGAUUCUGGCCUCGAAUCUGAUUACAUUCUUGUGGGAUGUGGUGCAGAUGAGCUCAUCGAUUUGAUAAUGCGAUGUGUGUUGGACCCCGGUGAUAAAAUUGUAGACUGCCCUCCUACCUUCACGAUGUAUGAAUUUGAUGCUGCUGUUAAUGGUGCUGUUGUCAUUAAAGUUCCAAGAAAGCCAGAUUUUUCCUUGAAUGUGGAUCUCAUCAAAGAUAUUGUUGAUAAGGAAAAACCAAAGUGCAUUUUCCUCACAUCUCCUAAUAACCCAGAUGGGAGUAUAAUUAGUGAUGAAGUUCUCUUGAAAAUCCUUGAGCUGCCCAUACUGGUUGUUCUAGAUGAGGCCUAUAUUGAGUUUUCUUCAGUUUCAUCGAAGAUGCAGUGGGUGAAGAAAUAUGACAACUUGAUUGUUCUUCGAACAUUUAGCAAAAGAGCAGGCUUAGCUGGACUUCGUGUGGGAUAUGGAGCAUUUCCUUUGAGCAUUAUUGAAUAUCUUUGGCGAGCAAAGCAACCAUAUAAUGUGUCUGUUGCUGCUGAAGUUGCUGCUUGUGCAGCAUUGCAGAACCCAUCCUACUUAGAGAGGGUAAAAAACGCUUUGGUACAAGAACGCGAGAGGCUUUACAAUCUUCUAAAGGACGUGCCGUUCUUGACUCCGUAUCCUAGUCACUCUAAUUUCAUUCUUUGUGAGGUAACGUCGGGAAAAGAUGCGAAGAAAUUGAAGGAGGACCUGGCAAAAAUGGGGGUGAUGAUUCGUCACUACGACAAGAAAGAAUUGAAAGGCUAUGUCCGUGUGACUGCUGGCAAACCCGAACAUACCGAUACUUUGAUGGACUGCCUUCGAUGCCUAUCGUAGUCAGUCAAUCAGUCCCAUAUAUUGGGAAGUUUUAGCAUCCAAAGGAUUUGAGGUUCACCUCUCAUAUCACUUUGUUGUAAAACAUGACAUUCAUAUUGCUUCUUCCUUUUGGAGAACUCAAGAAUCAGUUAUGAGGAAAGGCAGAGUAGGACAUUGGCUCUUGGGAUUUUGCUAAACCAGAAAACAAUUGUUUGCUCAUUUUGUUUCUUUUUUUUUUUUAACUAAAUUUGAAAAUGUUCAUAACCAAGAUUUGUUUUGAGUGCAAGAGGUCAAGUAAUUUUAAGUAGACAUUAUAUUUAAUUUUUA